AUGCCCAGCUUGAUGAGCGAGUACAGCGCAAAAUGGCACCUACCUGCAGUGACGAUCUAUAUGACCUGGGCUAUUGCAAAUCUGACAAAUCACAACAGCAGGGCCAUGUCCCAAAAUACCAUCAGUAGCAGACGGAGAGUUAUGGAAUGCUCUUACCGAACCCAAAGACUGGAGUGGUGCAGCUUUGCCCAAAGAAGAUGGGUAGAAGCUUCCUCUGCCAUAUCCACCUCUUCCACCAUUACCGCGACCCCCAGACACCUGAUGUGUCCAGUUGUUAUUCCACUGAUUUUGAUUGCGUCCUCCACGGCCACGACCAUGACCGCCACGACCACCACGGGCAUGGCCACCCCCUCGAACAACACUCCCUCGAGCGGGUUGAGUCUGUGCCUGCAGUGCCGUUGGAGGAUUGGGUGCUGGAACAGAGUUGGAUUCUGGAUAAAAUUGUUUAAGUCUCUUCUCCUGAUGUGUGAGCUUGGUUCGAAGAGUCUCGAAGCUGCCAUCAACGUAGGAAAAGAGAUCAUGGGAGAGGAGAAAAGUGGAGAACAAAGAUUUCCAAAUAAUGUAAUUUUUCUGAUUCAGGGUAAUUGUAAUCAGAUUGGUGAUAUUAGGAGUGGUGAUGGUUCCGUUGUUGGUGUGCAGGAUCUGGGCAGUAAAGCUCGGUUGUGCAGCAAUGGUGGUGGAGGUCGAAGAAGAAAAUGGAUUGGCAUCGACCAUAACGACCCUAACACCACCACCCUCAACAUCGACCAUAACGACCCUAACACCACUACCCUCAGCAUCGACCAGGCGAACCUCCUGAAGGCCGUCCUGGUCAAAUCCACCUCCUUCACCUCCCUAUCCAUCGACCAUAACGACCCUAACACCACCACCCUCAACAUGAACCAGGUGGAGCUUACCAGACUCGUGAAGGAAAAAGACCUUGACUGGAUCCAUAAACUCGGUGGGGUUGAAGCUGUGGCAUCAGCCCUUGAGACCGACAUUUCUGCCGGAAUCACCGGAGACCCCCAGGAUGUUUACAUAAGACAGAGAGCAUUCGGCUCUAACACUUGGCAGAAGCCACCGGCUAAAGGCCUCUUCCAUUUUGUUGUGCAGGCGCUCAAGGAACAGAUGAUACUGAUCCUCCUGAUCCAAGAGCAUGGAGUCCACGAUGGGUGGUACGACGGUGGAAGUAUCUUCGUGACUGUACUUCUGGUCAUUGGGAUUUAUUCCCUCAGAAACUUUAGGCAGAGCAGGCAGUUGGAGCAGCUUUCAAGGGUCAGUGACAAUAUUAUCCAGAUCGAGGUUGUCAGGAAUUCUCGGCACCAGCAGGUUUCAUUAUUUGAUAUCGUUGUUGGUGACAUAGUUUGCUUGAAGAUCGGAGAUAAGGUUCCAGCAGAUGGGUUGUUCUUGGAAGGGCAUGCGCUGUUUGUGGAUCAAUCGAGCAUGACCGGGGAGAGCGAUCUUGUGGAGGUGAACGGGAGCUCGAAUCCGUUCCUUGAGUCGGGUACGAAGGUUGCUGACGGCUGGGCAAGGAUGAUCGUCACAUCCGUAGGGAAGAACACAGUGUGGGGCGAGACCAUGAGCUGUGACAACACCGAGCAGACUCCGCUGCAGGUCCGGCUUAACAUGCUCACAUCAACAAUCGACAAAGUUGGCCUUGCAGUUGCUUUCCUAUUGCUCAUCGUCCUCUUGAUCCGGUACUUCACUGGAACGCCCACAAGUGAGAAUGGGAACCCGCAGUUUGUAAGUGGGGUUUCCACAGCUGACCAUAUAGUGAAAGAUGUGGUGGGGAUUGUGGCAGUGGCACUCAAGAUCAUCGUGGUGGGUAUCCCGGAAGGCCUACAACUGGCAGUCAAGCUCACGCUGGGCUAUUCGAGGAAGAGCAUGAUGGAUGAUCAGGCGAUGGUGAGGAAGUUCUCUGCUUGUGAGACUAUGGGGUCUGCCACGACAAUCUGCACCCAUAAAACCGGCAUCCUCACACUGAACCAGAUGAAGGUCGCGAAGUUCUGGGUCAGGGAAGAUUCUGUCACCGAUAGCGGGUACUCCUCAGUUUCUAAAUGCAUUCUCGAUUUGAUCCGGGAAGGGGUUGCUUUGAACACAACAGGUAGUGUCUUUCGGGGUUCUUCCGGAUCAGAGUUCGAGUUCUCAGGCAGUCCGAUCGAGAAGGCUUUACUGUCAUGGGCAGUCCUGGAGCUGAACAUGGACAUGGAAGAGGAGAAGCAGAAGCACGCAACUCUCCGCCUCAAGGCAUUCAAUUCACAGAAGAAGCGGAGCGGGGUCCUCCUCCGGAACAAGGCAGAUGGUUCGGUGCACAUACACUGGAAAGGAGCCGCAGAGAUGGUCCUGGCAAUGUGCUCGAGCUACUACUAUGCAUCCGGAGUUCUGAGAGACCUGGAUGAUGAGGAGAUGAGGAAGAUCGAGAAUGUCAUUCAGGGCAUGGUUGCAACGAGCCUAAGAUGCAUCGCCUUUGCUCACAAAGAAACCUCGGAGACGCAGCUGGAAGAAGAUGGAUUGACAUUACUUGGACUCGUCGGAAUUGAGGACCCAUGUUGUCCUCAGAGUAAGGGGGCGGUCCAGGCUUGCGAGGAAGCUGGAGUUACUAUCAAGUUGAUUACUGGCGACAAUGUCUUCACAGCUAUGGCCGUCGCGGCAGAGUGCGGGAUACUUGGACCAGGUGAGGGUUUGUUUACUGGAGCCGUUGUAGAGGGGGGCGAGUUCCGGAACUAUACCCGGGAGGAGAGGCUAGCGAAGGUUGAAAAGAUUCGAGUGAUGGCGAGAUCGUCUCCGUCCGAUAAACUUCUCAUGGUGCAAUGCUUGAAGCAAAAGGGCCACGUGGUGGCAGUCACGGGCGAUGGAGCAAAAGAUGUGCGGGCAUUGAAAGAAGCUGAUAUCGGGCUCUCGAUAGGGAUCCAAAGCACUCAGGUUGCCAAGGAGAGCUCGGACCUCGUGAUCUUAGAUGAUAAUUUUGGGUCCGUGGUGUCGGCACUGAGGUGGGGAAGAUGCAUGGAUAAUAACAUGCAGAAGGUCAUACAGUUCCAGCUGACACUAAGGAUGCGUUUGGAAACAGACCUAAAUGUUGCAGCCGUCGUGGUCAACUUCGUGGCGGCAGUUUCAACGGGCCACAUCCCAUUUAUUACGGCUCAUCUGCUGUGGGCGAACCUGAUCAUGAACACUCUGGGUGCUCUUGCACUGGCUACUGAACCUCCCACGAGGGAGCUGAUGGAAAAGCCGCCUGUGGGGCGGACCGAGCCGCUCAUAACCAAAAUCAUGUGGCGGAACAUAGCAGCCCAGGCAGCCUACCAAGUUGCAGUCCUCCUGACCCUCCUAUUCAUGGGCGAGUCGAUCUUCAACAUCUCCAAGGAGACCAACAGGACCCUAAUAUUCAACGUGUUCGUGCUAUGCCAGGUGUUUAACGAAUUCAACGCGAGGAAGCUAGAGAAGAAGAACGUGUUCGAGGGCAUUCACCGGAACAAGCACUUCGUUGGGAUUAUAAUCAUCACGAUUGCUCUGCAAGCAGUGAUGGUGGAAUUCCUCAAGGGGUUUGCGAACCCGAAGAGGUUGACGUGGGGCCAGUGGGGAGUGUGCAUCGGCAUAGGGGCUUUAUCUUGGCCUAUCGGCUUCAGCAUUAAGUUCAUACCGGUUCCUGAGAAACCAAUAUUCAGCUACCUGAAGGUGCUGACGAAGAAGUUAAGUGUGAGAAAAUAUUAA